AUUCAUUUUAAUUUUAUGUUUAGUGUAGUUUUAGUGAAUAAUUUCAUCUUUUCAAAGGGAGAUAGUAAGUGUAGAAUAAUCAUUUUUUAUGCAACAAGCACAGUAUAUAGAGCAUGUCCCUGGGAAAAAUAAAGAUGAUUUUCAAAUAUACUGCUACAAAGGACGACCGAAAAGUAUUGUUUACAUUUGGCAAAGUAUUUCUUUACAAAUACAUUCUCCAUCGAAUAAUUUUGUCUACUAUGAAGGAAAAAGUCCAGAAGAAGUGAAGAAAGAGUAUUUAGAUCAUCACUCGAGAUGGAUGCUGAAUUUCUUUACAUGGAAACAGAAAGCCUUUAAGCUUGAUCCAUUUGGAGUUAGUUGCAUUGGGAUAAGCAGCUCCGAGUUUUAUAGUAUCCAUCUCAAUGUUAUUAGGGUGGACUACUGGAAAAUUCUCAGUUUAAUAACUGGUGUAAUUCUGUUUUUAUGGGCUGAUAGACUGAGUGUAAAUCCCAUUUUUUAUUACUUAUGUGGAAUAAGUUUUGGGAUAUGUGCAUCUUUUUUAAUACUAAUUUACUUCUUCAGCAAGCUGUUUCCAAAAAAACCCAUGGUGUACGGUGUUGCUGUUUGUGGCUGGACUGUUGGAGUUUACUUUGCACAGCUUGUUUGGGAAAAUAUGCAAAUAAUCCUCCUUAAUUAUCAAAUGUAUGUAGCUUGGUAUAUUUUAGGGACCGGACUGAUAAGUUUCAUAGUGUGCUAUAGGUGGGGUCCUGUGACUAAUCAACGCACAAAAAACCUUAUUCGAUGGACUCUACAGGGUGUUGGUUUAUUAGCAGUAUUUUUUAGUAGUCAUUUUCAAGAAGCUGCAAUGGGGCAAGUGAUAAUUUUACUUACCCUACAUAACUUUCCAGAUAAGUGGAUAAAAAUGACUAAAACUUAUUGGAAAAGAAAAUUUCCUCCAAAAGUUCGUUUAUUGACGAAUGAUGAAUAUUACCAACAGGGAGUGAGAGAAACUACCAAAGCCCUAGAAGAUUUACGAAAAUACUGUUCUAGUCCUGAGUGUAACCAGUGGAAGACUGCAUUAAAAUUAAAAGAUGUUAAAAGAUUUGCAUCUUUUAUAGAAGGUGAUUCACACAUAUCUGAUGACGAAAUUUUAGAAUAUGAAACUGCUAUUCAAUCCACUGACCUAACUGACGAAGAAGAUAUGUUUACUGAUGAUGAAGAAUUAACAGACUGAUUUAGUGUUUAUAAUAAUUUUGAU